AUGCCAAGCCCAACACCACACCUCGCGCCAGCACGACAGCCACGACGACGGACAAUACGACGUGUGCCGCUCGUGCAGGGCAACCUAGUGCUGGACUGUCCAGUGCCAGAACAAUACCUGCAGUCCGUGCCACGCAGGAACGAGAAAGAGUUUGAUCAAAUGCGAUAUACAGCCGUCACUGCUGAUCCGGCCGAGUAUAACCAACAAAACUACACGCUUCGCCAAGAACUCAUGGAGCGUCGCACUGAGCUAUUUAUCUGCAUCACGCUUUACAACGAAGACGAGAUCCUAUUGUCACGCACGUUGCACGGGAUCAUGAAAAAUAUAGCCCAUCUAUGUGGCAGGAAACGCUCACGAACAUGGGGUGCCGAUUCAUGGACCAAAGUCGUGAUUUGCAUAAUGGCUGACGGGCGUGACAAGGUACAUCCGCGUGUGCUUGAUCUGCUAUCCGCACUGGGCGUGUACCAAGAAGGUGUCGCCAAGAACUUUGUCAAUGCCCGGCAGGUCCAUGCACACAUCUACGAAUACACGACACAGCUCUCGCUGAACCCGGACAUGAAAUUCAAGGGCGCCGUCGACAACAUUGUGCCCACACAGAUCCUGUUUUGUCUCAAGGAGAAGAAUCAACGCAAAAUCAAUUCGCACCGGUGGUUCUUUCAGGCGUUCUGUCCGAAGCUCAGCCCCAAUGUAUGCAUGUUGCUGGAUGUUGGCACGCGGCCGGGACCUACAUCCAUCUACAAGUUGUGGAAGACGUUUGAUAUAAACUUGCAUGUUGGUGGCGCGUGUGGCGAGGUCAGAGCAAUGACAGGGACGGCGGGUGUGGGGCUACUGAAUCCGCUCGUGGCGAGUCAGAACUUUGAGUACAAGAUUUCCAAUAUCCUUGACAAGCCGCUCGAAUCUGUCCUGGGCUAUAUCCAAGUACUUCCCGGUGCUUUCUCAGCCUAUCGCUAUACGGCUUUGAAGGACAAUGUCGAUGGGUCGGGUCCGCUGCAAAAGUACUUUUUGGGAGAGAGGUUGCAUUCAGAUGGUGGGAUCUUUGAGGCCAACAUGUACCUUGCCGAGGAUCGCAUCCUCUGUUUCGAGUUGAUAGCAAAACGCAAUGCACAGUGGGUGCUUCACUAUGUAUCAAACGCGUACGGCGAAACAGAUGUGCCCAGCGCAGUGCCUGAGUUUGUCACGCAGCGACGGCGAUGGCUCAAUGGCUCGUUCUUCUCGGGCAUCUAUGCGUUGUUUCAUUGGGGCAAGAUAUUGUCCACGGAUCACUCGAUGCUACGGAAGAUCCUGCUUUUCAUCGAGCUCAUAUACCUGUCGUUAUCCUGGAUCUUUUCCUGGUUCGCCCUGGGCAACUUUUUCCUGUGCUUCUAUAUCCUCACUAGCGCGCUCUCCACCAUGACACACCCGCCAUUUGCCCGUGAAACAGCAGAGCAUGUCCAUAUUGCAUUGACCUACGUGUACAUUGUCUUGCUGAUAGUCCUGUUUCUAUUCUCUAUGGGAAAUCGGCCACAAGGCUCGAAAGGCACUUAUACAAUGAUCAUGAUAUUCUUUGCUGGACUCAUGGGCUACAUCAUAUUUGCAUCAGUCUGGCUGGCAUACGAUGGAAUCAACAAUGCAGUUGCCACCGAUUCACUGUUGACAGAUGGAUCGUUCCGUGACAUUUUGAUUUCCGUUGGCGCAACCUAUGCACUCUAUUGCCUCGCCUCCUUGCUGUUUUUAGAUCCCUGGCAUUUGAUCACCAGCUGCAUACAGUAUCUGAUGAUGACACCAAGCUAUAUCAAUAUUUUGAAUACCUAUGCAUUCUGUAACACUCAUGACGUCAGCUGGGGCACCAAGGAUAUCCACCUCGUAGCAGUAGACCUCGGUGUUGUAGAAGGAGAUCACCAGCAGGCGGACGUUGAUAUGCCGGAGCAAAAAGAUGUCGGACUUCUCUAUGAGGAAGCUUGUGUAAACCUGCGCAAGCGUGCACGGGAGGAUCCGCCCAAUAAAGUUGAUCCGAAGACAAAGCAAGAAGACUACUAUCGAGCAUUUCGCACCCGUCUUGUCACUACUUGGAUCCUCAGUAAUCUUAUCUUGGUUGCUCUCAUCGCUACCGCACUCGAUCUCGACUGGUUAGGCAACUUUGAGCAGCGAACGAAUGGAUAUCUGGCUUUUAUAUUAUGGUCCGUAGCUGCGCUGGCCGCGUUUCGCUUUAUUGGAAGCGUAUGCUACCGUACGUUCUCCAUAUUCACCGGUUCCUAA